CCUUUUAUAUGAACAGCCAGAAGUUUGUGUGGUCCGUCUCUUUACUCCUCUCACAUCUUUAGGUUUUUCUUCUUCUUGGGUUUUUCAGUUUCGGUGGCAGACAGAGGUAAAGAACUCACUCUUCUUAUGGCUCAGGAGUCUACUGAUUUGCCUGUGAAAAGGCCUAGAGAUGACGGAGAGAAUGGUGUCUUUGCUACUCCUGCGUCCAUGGAGACGGAGGCUAUCAAUAACACCACCAACGACAAGGACUCUGCUUCUAUAUCCUCCGUAAUACCUGGCUGGUUCUCCGAGAUUAGCCCCUUGUGGCCUGGAGAGGCACAUUCCUUGAAGGUAGAGAAGAUCUUAUUCCAAGGAAGGUCUGAGUACCAGGAUGUCAUGGUGUUUCAGUCAUCAACAUAUGGAAAAGUUCUUGUUUUGGAUGGUGUUAUUCAGCUCACGGAGAGAGAUGAAUGUUCUUAUCAAGAAAUGAUUACUCACCUUCCACUUUGUUCAAUUCCAAACCCAAAGAAGGUAAUUCUUCUUUAAUAUUGAAAGAGAAAG